CAGUCGCGCGGCACGCGGCGCACUGUACGCACGGGUUUCGCGUUGCGUUUCAAAUUAUAUUUAUAUAUUGUAUGUUAUAUCUUCUUUAUUAUAUUCUUCCUUAUACAUUUAUACGUCUUUACAUUUUACAUCUGUAUCUAUAUUCAUAUAAAUAUCUUCGUAUCUUCCAAUGUUAAUAAAUCAUCAUUAUCACAAACACCUAUCAAACUCUUGAAACGACAUCUAUUAGACUUUUAAGACUCUCCAGCAUCCCUGCACACGUUCUUGACAGCUGUUAUCACAGUAUCUUCAGCUGACUAGUGGUCUACACAUGGAUUCACAUCAAUGAAUACGUAGGAAGCAGACACGUUUCUUGGAAGUACGAGACCCUGCGGAACGAAAUAAGUCUUCGAAAAGGAUCAAGAUGCUUUUUAGAGAACCGGAACAAUCAAUCAGAGUAGCAAGCAUUAAACUAAAAAAUUAAAUUUUAAAUUCGAAAAAUGGUCAUUACUUCAGUCGGACGAAAUAAAAAGGAUUGAAAAAAAGGUAGUAAAAAAAUCAAGAGAAAUAAUACGCAGAGUUUAAGUUGAUUUUAAUGAUCACCAUUAAAGUAUGCUGAGAAGCAAUUCGUUUAGUAGGAAACUUUGCUUAAGUCAUAAGUCUGCAUGAGUGAGUCCAUCCUGCAAUUUAAGAUUUUAAAAUAUGAAAAAAAAUCACUCCUGGAUAUUCGUCUAGAUCAGUUAUUAGAAUUAGUAUAGAAAAUUUUUUCUACUUUUUUGUACAUUAGUUUAGAUAUAAUAUUCAGUUAGUUUUUGUUUGUUCAUAAUGGUGACUUUCGACGUCUGUGAUAUAUAAAUUAAAUUUAAUUGGAGACAUCUCGAUGUACUGCAAUUGAAGGGACACUCGAUUAAAAGUGUGACUAAUCUGCAAAGAAGAAAAAAAAGACAAAGACGUUGAAAGGAUAAUAUAUAAAGAAAGAUGUAAAAUAAGACAAGUAAUGAGCAAGAAAUUUAAAACAAAGACGUCUAAACGAAUGAUUAUAACAAAAAUGCAAGAGAGAAGCGUUCUCGAGAUUCUUUGGUGCACUUCCGGUCAAUUGAGGUGGAUAUUCGAAUGACUCGCGUUAUAUCAAUUUAUUAUAUCUUCUCUCUCACAUCCUUAACAUUAUGCUGAUCAUUCAACAGCCAGGACAAAGGUAGUUGGUGCGGAUGAGUGCCCGGAGGCUUUACCGUUCGCCGAUUUAAAUAAUCGGCGGAUGGACAGCCUCGCCUUGGGAAAGCCUAUAACGUUAAAAAUAUAAAACGAGACAGGAAGACAGUCACCACAAUAUUCCUUUUAAUUGGCUCAAAGAUACGCGAGAGGAAGAAAAAAGUUCAAAAGAACCGUCUAAAGUCAUACAUAGUCUUUACAUUAAGGCAAAUUAUAACGUCACGUUCUUGCGAUGUAGCUAGUGGAUGCAUAUAUAUCUGUAUGCUAGAGGAUAUAUACAUCAAUUUUUAAGCACAUAUGCAUUGAAACUUGUUCAUGUUGAAAUGACGUUUUUCCUCAUCAUCUAGUGAUGGAUUUUCUAAUUCUAAAUAGGUUAAACUUUUUUCUUUAAAAGAAAAUGAUAUAUAGAUACAGAGACAGUGUCAAUAAAGUCUUUGUUCUAAUAAAACACCUACAAUAAAUAAAAUCUACAUCUUUUUUAAAAUAAAUGAUGUAUUGUUGUAACGAGUUUUUUGAACAUCUUAAAAUUGAUUAAUGAUUUACUGCUAAUACUAAUAGCCAUCUUCAGUACCUUUAACGGAUUAUUCGAUACCAACGUGACUUCAUAAAUGAUUUUUAUUAAUAAACAAAUAAUAUUUUUAAAGGUGAUAAAAAUACAAAUUUUCUAAUAAAAGGUGAUACUGUCAAUUUUAUUGACACAGACUGGGUGUGUAACAACUGUGUAUGUAUUAUCAUUAUUGCUUCAAGCUUAUGUGUGAAAAAGUGUCGAGUGAAGUUUUAUUAAAUAUUAUUUAUAUAUAUAUAUAAAUACAAGUAAUCUUAUUGAUCUAGAAAAUAGUGUGUUGAGUUAUUUCAUUCACAUUAUACUCAAUUAGUGAGCAAGUUUUAAUCGAGAAGCAACACUGAAGAUGAUGCUCUAUAUUACGCUUUUUUCUCUUGUAACCAACGUCUUGGCUGCUAAGUUACAUACUCCCAUGUACGCUGACGAUAAAGUGCAUAAUUAUCUCAUGAAAUUCGGAUAUUUACCUGAAAGUGAUUUGGAAACCGGAAAUCUAAGAACAGAUGAUCAAUUAAAAGAAGCCAUUAAGGAGCUGCAGAGGUUUGGUAACGUAAAAGUGACUGGGGAGAUAGAUGAAGCGACACAAAAGCUGAUGAAGGCCCGGCGUUGCGGUCUAGCAGACAAACCCGACUUACGCUUUGAGAGAUCAAGACAUAAAAGGUUCACGAUACACGGUCAACAUUGGCCGUACAAGAAUCUCACCUGGAGUUUACGGACAGAGCGACCGAGCGGACUAGAUACGUAUGGAGUGAGACAAGAGUUGAGUCGAGCUUUGGAUCUUUGGGCGAGAAAUUCGAAGCUUACAUUUCAUGAAGUAAACAGCGACCGUGCAGAUAUACUCGUUUAUUUCCACCGAGGAUAUCAUGGUGAUGGUCAUCCUUUUGAUGGACGUGGUCAAAUAUUAGCCCAUGCAUUUUUUCCGGGUCGUGACCGAGGCGGCGAUGCGCAUUUUGACGAAGAAGAAAUGUGGCUACUGCACGAUGAUCAACACGAAGAAGGAACAAGUUUAUUUGCGGUAGCAGCGCAUGAGUUUGGUCACUCGUUAGGUCUCGCUCAUAGUUCAGUACGUGGUGCACUCAUGUAUCCUUGGUACCAAGGAAUAUCUCAAAACUACGAGUUACCCGAGGAUGACAAAAACGGCAUCCAGCAAAUGUAUGGUUCACAAGAGGAAAAACUUUGGGGAAAUUUACCGGACGCUCCAUCUUAUCCAUGGCCUGGUACAACAACUACAACUACAACUACGACUCAAAGGCCACAAACAACCCAAAAGUACUGGAGAACCCGGCCAACUAGACCAAACAAUUAUCCUGAUGAAAAAGAAAGAGAACGAGAGAGGGAAAGGGAGAAACCAGAUUACAAGCCUCAAGGUCGUUAUCCUUACAAGCCAGAUUACCGAACUGACUUACCAGAAAAGCCCAAUUGGCCUGAAAAACCAGCAUGGCCUAAACGUCCUAUAUGGUCGGAGAAGCCAUAUAAACCUCAUCGGCAUUAUACGUCAACUAGCUCUACAACAGUUGUGCCACCGCCAUUUCGACCAAAACAUCGUCCAACACCAAAACCAAGAAAUGAUAUUCCCGAUAAAUGUGAUACUAGCUAUGAUGCUAUUAGUAUCAUUCGCAGAGAAGUCUUUAUUUUCAAAGGAAAAUAUUUCUGGAGGAUAGGGGACCAAGGAUUAUACGAAGGAUAUCCAGCAGAAAUAGUACGUCUAUUCGAUUUGCCCGAAGACAUUGAUCACGUAGACGCUGUAUACGAACGACUAGAUAAGAAAAUAGUAUUUUUCAUCGGAAGAAAUUAUUAUGUCUUCAACGCAAAUAAACUUGAACCCGGGUUUCCUCGACCUUUUAGUACUCUGGGACUUCCCGAAAGUCUUGAUAAAAUUGAUGGAGCAAUGGUAUGGGGUCAUAACAGCAGAACUUACUUUUUUAGUGGUACUAUGUAUUGGAGAUUUGACGAAGCCAUUAAUUAUGUUGAAUUAGAUUAUCCAAGAGACAUAAGCAUGUUCGCAGGCAUAGGCAACAAUAUUGAUGCUGUAUUUCAAUGGAAAAACGGUAAAACAUACUUUUUCAAAGGUAAUAAGUUCUGGGAGUUCGAUGAUUUGAGAAUGAGAGUUGUUCACGAAAAACCAAGACUGUCAGGACCAUUUUGGAUGGGUUGUACCUCAGAAAUGGACAGCAAUGACGUUGAUUUACCGCGAAGACGAGCAAAAAUAGUUUAUAACACCGGAAAUAAACAAGCUAUUAACUUGUCUCUAUUGAUUUCUCUACUUGUUGCAUCAAUAAUUAUGAGAAUCAAUUAGCUCAUUUAAUUUAAAUUUUAUUAGUUGUAAUUUUUUAAUCAAAACAAAGACAUUCGAUCUUGUCGUGACUUUUUCCUUUUUACACUCUAACAAUAAAUUUAUUUCUCCAUUUAUUUACAGUUUGAAUAGGUUCUCCAUGAUUCCUUUAUGUAAUAAAUUAAAUACUCGACAAAAAAAAAUCAAAAUAACAGAUUUAUCUUAGAAUAGACUUCAAUUAUUCAUUAAAAACUCGAAAAAUCAAAAAUAUUUUAUAAUUAAAGUAGUCAGUAAAAUUUUAUUUUUAAGUUAUAAUUUUAUUUAGGUUUUGGUAUACGAUAGUAGUAACUUCCGUCCCAUGAUGUUGAAGUCAAAAAAAAAAUAUUUUUAAUGCUAUGUAAUUUUACAACACGUUAUUUGUAUCUGAAUAUGUAUAUUUUUAUUUAAAUUGCGGCAAUGCAUUUUAUUAUGAAUAAAUGAAUUCAAGAUAUGAAUAUAAUUAAACAUUAAUUUUAUAACACCAUCGAGUGUAUCAGUUUUAUAAACUGUGAUAUAUAACUAUAACACAAA